AUGUGCAACCUAAAGCUGUCAGUUGUCUUCAUUGUACUUUCUGUCACUUUGAGCUGUCUGGAAGCUACACCUAUUGAGAAGUUAUUAUCUGUGGCUGACGAUCUAUCUGAUGGGACUUCCAAGAGACAAGGAUGGAUAUUGCCAGUAAUGUCAAGGAAUGCACUCUCAGGACUUAGUGAGGCAAUGCCAGAACAAGCAGCAGCAAAGCCAAAAAGCAGUCACCAUCUGGAGAAACGGAAAUGCAACACCGCUACAUGUGUGACACAGCGCUUGGCUGACUUUUUAGUUCGUUCCAGCAACAACAUCGGAGCAAUUUAUUCACCUACCAAUGUGGGGUCCAAUACAUAUGGAAAGAGGGACACAGCUGGGCUUUUAAGCAGAGAACCCCAAAACAAUGCACAGCUCUAGUGUGCUAAAAUGACUACUGAUAGAGUUUUCAUUAGGAGCUUCUGCCCACUUUUUAUG